UUCGACGCGGCGAUCAUGACGCUGUUGGUUUUUAUCUUCAUCUUUUUGCCGGUGGAACUCGCGUUCGAGGAGAUCGGCGAGACGGCGGCCGUCGAGUACCUGGGCCUGAGCAUCGACCUCUACUUCUGCCUCGACAUCCUGAAGACGUUCAACGUGGGCUUCGUGAACUACAACGACGUCCUCGUGAUGGACCGCUACGCCGUCGCGCGGCGCUACGCGUCGACGUGGCUGCUCAUCGACCUCACGUCGUCCAUCCCCAUCUCCCACAUCCUGAAGCUGUUCAUCAACGAGAACGGCGGCGCGUUGGUCUCCGGGAAGAAGGCGCUGAAGCUCGCGCGGCUCGCGAAGCUGUCGAAGCUGCUGAAGCUCAUGCGCGCGACGCAGUUCGUCCAGCGGCUGCGGACGUUCCUGUUCCAGGUGCUCGACGACCUGGGCAUCCGCAUCAGCGACGCGGUGUUCAAGCUCGUGCGUUUAUUGCUCUACCUGCUCGUGCUGGCCCACUGGCUCGGCUGCCUCUUCUACCUGCUCUGCCGCCUCUACGGCUUCCCCUCGGAGUCGUGGGUCGUGCGGAGCGGCCUCGUGGACAAGCACGGCGGCAAGCGGUUGAGUGUGUCCAUGCGCUACACCUGGUCCCUCUACAAGAUUUUGGCGAGCUUCGUGCAGAUCGCCUUCGCGGAGCCCGCGGUGUCGCAGCAGUGCCUGCGGGCCACGGGCUGGUGCCGCGUCGAGUCCUGGGUCACGCUGCUGUGCCUCUACAUCGGCACGGUCUUCUUCGCCAUGCUCGUGUCGAACAUGGCGGCCAUCAUCGCGAACGCGAACGUCGGCUCGCGGAACUUCGAGGAGAAGCUGAACGCGGCGCUCGAGUACAUGCGCAUGCGGAAAUUCCCGCGCAUGACCAUGGACCGCGUCAAGGAGUACUACUACGUGCGCUUCAUGGGCGGCAAGUUCUUCGACGAGACGUCCAUCCUGCAAAACCUCAACCCGGAGCUCCGCAAGGAGAUCUCGCUCUACAACACGCGGAGCAUCCGGCCGAAGACGCCGCUGCUGCGGAACUCGCCCGAGCGGUUCUUCGCGACGCUCGCGAUCCACCUGCGGCCGACGUCCUUCUUCGACGGCGACGUCGUCUUCAGCGAGGGCGCGCAGACGGGCGCGAUGUUCUUCAUCUCGCAGGGCUUCUGCGAGAUCCUGCUCCGCGCCGCGCACAACCGCGCCGUCCGCGUGCUCGCCGCGGGCUGCUACUUUGGGGAGGUCGCGACGCUGCUGGGCACGAAGCGCACGGCGACGAUCCGGGCCAUGGGCAUGCUCGAGCUCUACGCGCUCGGCGGCGAGCGGUUGGUGGAGGCGUGCUCGGACUUCCCCGACAUCGCGGCGUACCUCCGCGAGGUCGCGCUGAACCGCAUC